UUUUCGUUCGUGGGAAAGAGACGUGUUUUAACUUUGCGUCAACAAAAUUAUCGUAAUAAAACCAGAUUUUGUAUAAAUUGACUUGGGGAUUACACGAGAAAUGAGAAACAAAAUACGUUUCUAUUGAAACUUUCGGGUUUUGUUGUUUUACAUGUUGUGAUAUUAAUUUUAUUAUUUUAUUUGUGCGUCUUUACAUUGGAAAAAUUGUAAACAAAGAAUUAGUGAAACAAAAACAAUGUGGUCUCAUUUACAACGUGGAAGUUCACCGGUGGACUGGUGUGAAUCUAAUUAUUCUAUAUCACCAGUAAUAGCCGAAUUUGUUAAUACCUUUAGCAAUGUCCUGUUCUUCCUGUUGCCUCCAGUUCUGAUUCAUCUUUUCCAAGAAUAUUCCAAGUUCUUCAACCCAGCUAUUAAUGUGCUAUGGAUACUGUUGAUGGUAGUAGGGAUCAGCUCUGCAUAUUUCCAUGCCACACUGAGUUUAGUAGGGCAGCUUAUGGAUGAAUUGGCUAUACUGUGGGUGUUCAUAGCAGCAUUUGCGAUGUUCCUGCCUAAGAGAUACUUUCCUACAUUUUUAGAUGGAAACAGACGUCGCCUGGCCAUCUACUCCGCCAUCACGUCGGUACUACUGACCGCGUUCCUAGUCAUGCAUCCGGCAGCUAACGCUUUUGCCUUGAUGACACUCGCUCUGCCGACUCUUGGAUUUAUGUAUGGAGAGUUGGUUAGAGUGAAAUGUUCGCGUGUAUACCGCCUAGGUGUGCGCUCUGUCGCCGUCAGUCUGUUGGCGAUAUUCUGCUGGGUGAUGGACCGCAUGUUCUGCGACGCGUGGCUCUCAAUCGACUUCCCCUACAUGCAUGGAGUAUGGCACGUCCUCAUCUUCAUCGCAAGCUACACUGCCCUCGUGCUGUUCGCGUAUUUCAACGCCACAGAGGAGAGUCCCGAACAAAAACCUCAGCUAAAGUACUGGCCAGUCAACGAAUUCGAACUAGGCAUACCAUAUGUAACCAUGAAACAUCCCUUCAAGACAGACAAAAAUCUAGCAAUCUAGUCAUUUUAGCACUAGUUCUCAUUGGGGCUGGAUCUAAUAUUGGCAGUUGUCGAAGGCUGAUUUAUGUUUGAUUUCCACUUUGGAUGGUCGAUGCACUUAUCAUGUACCUAUGUUUUAUUUAUCAGUUGAUAAAAUUGGUGUACCUAUGUAGUUGUACAUAGAUAAUGUGUAGGCACAUAUCUAUAAAAAUGGUCUUUUAAAUUGCGCCAAAAAUAUAUUUUUUCUAUUUUUAUGAUGACAAUGAAAUGUUUAUGAAGUAAUAAUUUGAAAUUGUUACGAUGUUUCUACGCGUGAAGUAAAUUGCGUUCCGUAAUGGGCUCGAGUAGAUAACAUUUAGUCAUGUAGAUACUUUGAAAUCUAUAUUAACCUGAUUCAAAAUCUACUUAUUUCUAUGAAUGCUAACUGACCUGCUAUUUUUAAUGCGCUGUGAUGCGUAUGUUUAAUUAUUUAUCACUUUAUAUUUUAUAAAAAAAAUAUUCAUUAUUAGUUUUUUAAAUUUAUUUUUUUACUAUGUUAAUAUGUACCUAGUUUAUAGAAUUUUAUUUAUUUUUACUUUUUUAUUAUAAUGGAAAAUAUUAAUAUGGCUUGAGUUCCAUAUUUUUGUAUAAAAAAAAGAUUUUAUUUUAUAUAUGAUAUAUAAAAAAAGAUUUUAUUAUGUCAUGAACAGAGAAUGUUUGGAUAGCACCAUGGUAAACAGUUUUCAGAGUAGUAGUACCUAUUAUUACAUAUUUACUUAAAACAAUGUGAUGUCAAAUAUAUCUGAGAUAUUAUUGUAGGAUAGAUUAAGUGUGUAGCUACUUAUUUUGUAUACAGUUAGAAUAUAAAUUUUACCGUGGGUAGUACAAAAUAAUACAAGUAAUUGAUGAUUGAAUGUAUCUAGCUUUUUCUUUCAAUAGUUUGUGUGGAACACAGCUUGUAUUAGAAACCUGUCUAAAAAUUAGAUGUCCAUACAUAUUGCUACAGUAUGUUUUGCUGAAAAAUGCUGCCUGUGUUUACUUACAGGGGGCCAUUGUAGCUUGAUGGCUCCUCACUGAUGCUCAUUAUUUUAUCAGACAUGGACAAUAUUUAUUCUAUGACUAGCUGUUAUGCCUAAAUCUAAAUCUUGUGCACAGCCACAAUUAAUAUUUAAAAUUGUCGUGUGCAACACAUUUAAUUAAAGUAUUAUUAGGUGUCAAGAGUAAUUUUAUUGGUGUAAUACUAGAAUUAUAUAAAAGUAUGACAUUAUUUGUUGUCUUGUGAAUGAAUGUAAACUUUAUUAACAUGUAAUUUGAAUCCAAAUUUUCAGUUAUUAAUAUUUGGAUUAUUAGUCCAUAAGUCAGACAGCAAUUCGAUGAGAAACUAAUGAUUUGAUCAUUCUAUAAUAACAAAAUUCAUUAAAAAUAUUUAAAUAUCAGAUAUGCUUGAUAAAGUUCUAUUGGAGUAUUGUUAACAAAUACAUGUGAAGUAAAAUAUUAAAAAAAAACUUAAUUUGGGAGUUCUAUAGUGUGUUAGGGCUGGUAUUAAUUUAGAACAAGCUGUUCCCAUUUUUAUGACAAGUGAUAUAGAAGUCUGAUAAAUGUCUAUGUGUUGACCAGUGUAAUGACAGUUAACUUGUUUGACAUAAAAAGACAAAUUGUUUUGUAAAACGUUUAGUAGCUAAGUACUAGUUUUACCAUGUGAUUUAGAAAAAUGUGAUGAUGGAAUAUAAUAAAUUAAAAGUUUUA